AAAUGACCAAAGCAAAUGACGGAGCAGAACGCGCUGACAUGGCAGAAACUUUUGUGUAUAAUACUAAGCGCGUUUUAUUUCUUACAAUUAAAUGUUGUAAUAUUAUUAUUGAUUGUUUUGACAUUUCAGUUUCGGAACUGUGGUGCUGCGCCUUGAUUUCGUUGGCUGAUCGUUUUCGUUUUGUUCGCGUCAGCUGUGGUAUUUUUCUGUUGUGCGGCAAGUUACAACGUUACGAAUUACCACCUGUACCGGCGAGGGAUGGACGUCAACGUAGCCCGACAGAAAGUCCUAGAGAAGAUCGAGGGCGCCGAAAAGUUGCUGAAGCAGUGUGACGGCCUCAGCGUGUGCCCCGGCAAGAGCAAGUUGCAGCGCAAGAUUCAGGCGGAGAUCAAGUUCCUGAGGAAGCUGUGCAAAGCCCCCGACAGCAUCAAAGGGGAGCACCUUCGCUGCACCAACUUGGCUUACCUUUCGUCCGUCGUCACCUGUUCCCUGGCGGUCCACGGCCUCGUGGAUGUGCUCAAGCCGUUCUCUUGUCCGGAGGCGCCGGAAACACCUUCGAGGAGAGGUCCUGAGAGGACCAUCGUGGACGUGGUGGCAUCCAACGGACUGGCCUGGAUCAAGGUGGUGGCCCGCAACCCCGAAGCCCUCCUGACCUCGUCGCUGGGCGACGGAGAGUACGGCCGACGGACCAUCUUGGACCAGGUCCGCGACAUGGUGGACUGUGCAGGGUGUCACCCGCACCUCUACCGCAUCCCGGAAGUGAAGAUCUGGACGGCGCUUCCGGUCGGCGAGCCGCUCAGGGAGAUCAUAGAGGGCGUUGGUGCUGAGGUGGUGAGUCUGGAAGACCUGUCGGCAUCCGAUGACUCAGCCGACAACGGCGAACUGACGCUGACAGACGACAGCCAGGAGAGCUUCUCGACGCUGAAGCUGGGCGAGGUUCCCGAAGACGCCGUGCUGAACCUCGACGUGUCCACCAUGAUCGCCUACGCCUCUGCCCUCACAAACGGGCGCUGCCACUUCCGGUUCCGCGAAAACGUCCUCACGGAACAGGCCGAGAAUGAACGGAAAAACCCGGUCAAACCGGCGCUGGACGAACUACUGGGCUUGUCAAACAUUGGUUUGUCAGAGGUCGGUUCGUCAGACCGCACUUCACAAGCUUCAUCGGGGCAGAGCUGUUUGGCAGACGCCGCAUUCACCAAACGGGCGUCUAUGCACAGCGAUUCGUCGGAAUGUGACUCGGCGCGUGAGGCUUCCUCGGCAGGCGAUUUGCCAGGAUACGUUUUGCCGAGAGCGGCUUCGUCGGGACGGAAAUUGGUCUGCUGCCAGUCCGCAUACGACGACUUCGUCACGAUUGUGCGCGUCAUGGCCGGCCCGUGUGAGACGGCCGCUGCCCAGAGACUGCUGAGUCGUGUUGCGGUGGUGCCCGACAAGCCGUCCGUGCGUGCCGUGUCCCUGUCCCUCCGCGGAAAAAUUCGGAAACGGUCCAAGAUCAUCUUUGGCACCGGCGAUCAGUUGAAGGCGGUGACUGUUACUGCAAACAGCGGGUUCCUGAGGGCUGCCAAGGCACAAGGUGUGGACUUUGUAGCUUACGUUCACGAGUCUCGAGCCCUAACUGAAGCAAAGGAGGCCACGGCAACGCCGUUAUAACGACAUCAGCAAACUUUUCCUCAAGAUUGGUGCGAUCCUUCUAGAAUGCAAUUGAGCUGGGAUGCUUUAGCACAGCCUUCUGUCCGAACUCUUAUGUUUCCUUUACUAAUUUUUAUGCCAUGAUGUUGCCGGUGUUGUAAUAAUCGAGCUAACGAAUGAGCGUCUCGAUGAAUCCAAUAAUGUAUUAUAUGUCAGAAAUGACAAUAUUGUAACGUUGAGGAGGUCUUUACUUCUGUACUUCCUAAAUGUUUCCACUAUAGGCAUAUUUUGACACGAAAUUGAGCCGCAUGAAUUCACUUGCAUAGCUGGUUUGGGUUCCAUCUUCCUGAACAGGGAAAAAUUUGUGAGAACUUUUGUGUUUGGAACAUCCGAUAGUAGUACCAGGUUUAUUAAAUAAAUUGGGUUUCAUCAUUCUGAUUGUCACCAAAAAAAGUGACAGUUUGUUUCGGAAAAAGUACUAUAGUCUGUGACAGGUCAAGAAUGAAGUGGAAGCUCCUCCCACCUCUUUCCACUUUGGUGGUGCAAACGCUGGAGAGGAGGCGACCUCCUUUCCAUUGUUCGCACCGCUGAAGUGGAAAGGGAUGGAAGGAGCCUUUCACUUUGUUCUUGACCUGUCACCGACUAUAGGAACAUUGAAUAUUUCGCAGUAACACUGUUUAUACUCUGGCAAUGCUGGUGACCCUAUUCCCGAGUUUCAACAACGUUUUUGAAACUUUCACUGCGAUAAGCUGGGCUAAGCUUCUGCCUAUUAAUGCCAAGUGCAAUAAAUGGAGCUUGUUCAAAGAACUAUAGCUAGACAUCUACAGAAACUAUAGAUGCAGCGUUUUUUUACUGUUUGGGAGAACAAGGUGUCUUUACCAUGAAAAGAUUCAACAUUGAACAGUAGCCAGCUUUUGUCUGCUGCUCAUGCCUUGUCGUCAUCUGCAUGACCGACCAUCUCAAGCCACAUCGGAGAAUGAUGGAUGCUUCACGAAAGAAUUCACCAUCGAUGCAAAGUAAACUGGGUGAAACAGUCAACACUGUUUUUUUUUUUUCAGUAACCUUCCUUUGAAGGUUACUGAAUCAAUUUAAAGUGUUUGUCCCUAAAAGGCUGAACCAAAUAGAAAACAAAGAUUAAAAGGAUCAGUACCAUUCUUUUUUUUUUGGGUAAUGCCCACUAAGAAUGAACACUUCACAUUAAUAAAGCAUGGAAUGAACUAGUUUUUGUUUAAGAAA